AUGCGAAGGUAUCUUCUUGAGCCACGUCAAGAAGAUCUACGCACCAUAGAAAAACAAUUAAAAGAUUUUAUAGUGAGUAUUAAAAAGGGAAAAGACGAUGAUGAUUUUGUCAUUUCUGGAAACAGAGAGGGUUUGUCACGUGUAAGAAAGAAGAUCGACGCUCUGAUAGAUUCCACUGAGUUGAAAACCUUUAAGGUGAAACAGCCAGGCCUUCGAAAAUACUUUGACAGUGGAAAAGGAGAUCAGCUGGUAAAAUCGGUAGAAAAAGAUCAAGACUGUGCCAUAAAAGUCCAGAAAAAAUUUGGUCGAGGAGGAAGGGACGAGGUGUUGCGCGUCGAAUCCGAAUCCGACGCUUCUACUUCUUCAGGCGACAGUGACGAUGAUGCUGAGGAUGACCACGCUAUCACUACUGCAACUGACUCGUCUACCCUGGUAAGAGCCCAAAGGCACAGAGUGUCGUGGAAACCUGGAAACAUAGAGAAAGAGAAGGUAGGAUUGACACUGUUUUAUUCACACUAGGAGAAUAUCUUAUGAAAAUACCUUAGAGGAUCUUGUCGGCAUAUUUAUGGAUUUUAGUUUUUCACUUAGCUCUCAUCUACUUGUAGAGUGUGGUUACAUUAUUUAACGUCUCUUUUAUUGAGAGCACCAAGUCUGAUAACGACAACAGUCCACCAUGUUGAAGACGUUCAUGAAUCAUUAACAAUAAUCUUUUGGGUGUGUAUUUCAGGCUGACGUACUUGUCAGUUCUUUAGGAGCAUGCGAUAAAGCAAUCAUGAAUGCCGGUGGUCCUCAGGCCGCAACCCCCAACGUUGGUGACAUCACUGUCUCAGGUGGUUUUUCCUCGGUCGGUCACGUGAUUCACACGAACUGUUGUAAGUGGAACAACGGUGGAGGGGAGCCGGUAAGAAACAGUGAAUUGUACGUAGAUAAUUAAGUAUUAGCUCACUUUUGAAGGAAAGGACCUCUCGAAGAGUAUUUAUUGUUUAGAUUUGAUGAAAACCUAAACGAUAUCGGAUGUCGAACUGGCGAAGCCCAUCCAUUCUCUUGUAGGAUAAAGCGACUGAAGACUCUUUAGGCUCGAUUUAAUGUUAUUUUCAAUGUAGGUUAUAGUCAAACAUUCUUUCAUGUUUAUUAGGCCGAAGCAAUCUAAGGCGGAAAGCCUCACUCCUCACCGAAUUCUUCGAGAAUGACCAAUCGAAUAUAUAACGACAGGAUUAUUGCAUACAGUAACUUUCAAUUUCUAAUAUCAUACGAAAAUCCUAAUUAGAAAUUUUGUAGAAUUAGUGAGAGCAAAGAUCUUAGGAGGAAAAACAAAUGGAGAUGUGAAAUUAUUACCACUAAAAUAUAAUUAAUUAGGCCCAAUUCCAAAGGUAGUUUCCGUGAGGUUGUAAUCCAAACAUCCUCGAUCCUGAUCCCCAAAGGAAAUACUACUUGUGUGAACAUCCUAAAUGGCACCCUCUGAUUUUCCUCUCGAAAAUGUUAGUAAAAUUCAAGGCUUAGAUAACUUUGAUCCCUGGAGCCCAAAAAAUUGAUCGAAAGGGAUUCACCUUUUUUAACUUUUCACUUUAAGGAGACCCCGUCAGUUUUUUCUCCUCUCGUUAUCAAUGCAUUAUCAACCAGAAAGGUGACGGAUUAAAGGAAAAUAUGUCAACUAGGGGAUAUUGCAUUACUUAACGCCAAAUUGUGACUGCCAAAUUCAUAAGAAAUGUACAGGAGACAGUGUGGAGAAUUUCUAUUGAGAUCACAAAGCAAUGAAUGGAUUUAUUAAAUUACCUCUUGCCACCACAUCAUCCGUGCCACUAACAUUCAACAACUUCUAUUUCAUAUUUUGUAGACGCUGAGGACCAUCGUUCAAAAGUGCCUGCAAACAGGUGAAACGCUUCGAGCGAACUCCAUUGCAUUACCUGUCAUUGGGACUGGAAACCUACAAUUCCCACGCGAUACAGCCUCGAGAAUCAUGUUGGAAGAAACGGUCAAUUUCUGCCGAGCCAACCCCGCUUCUAAUUUAAGGGACAUCCGAUUUGUCGUGUUUAACCAAGAUCAAGCAUUAAUUUCCGCCUUCAAAAAUGAGAUGGACAAACAUAUUGGCCACCCUGCUAUCACGCCUUUAACUAGUGGAAUGCGUUCCUUCCUAGAAAAGAAGAAAACGAUGGGGACAUCGGGUGUUAGCAUUGAAGUCUUGAAGGGCGACGUGUACCAGGAAACUACAGACGCCAUUGUGAAUAUAAUAACUAAAGACCUGAACAUGGACAGUGCUGGAAAGUUGAGCCAGACAGUGAAACAGCUAGCCGGGCCGCAGGUAGAGACUGAGUUGAAUCAGCUCGGACAACAAUCGGGUGGAACCGCAUUGAUCACCAGCGGUGGAAAUCUACUUGCACAGAAAAUUAUUCACUUAAUUCCAGACAACAGCGGAAAAGACCACCUCCAGCAGUGUGUAGAAAGAUGUCUUUGGCUGGCAGAGACUCAUGGUCUUCGAUCCAUUUCGAUUCCCGCAGUUGGUACUGGUUCAUUGCAUGUUUCUGCAGUGGACUCAGCCAGUCUGAUAUUUAACGCCCUGAAAAACUUUAGUGGAAGCUUCCGUAGUGUCCGCAAGGUCAGAAUUGUAAUCUUCGAGUCUCCAAUGUUGUCGGUAUUUCAGCAAGAACAUCAGAGGUACUCGUUUUCUCCACAAGUAGGCGUGCCUCAGCACAUGACCUUAACCAGCCCUUUCGGUGUCGAAGUGAUAAAUGGCGAUUUGACUCAAGAGAACAGCACUGACGCUAUCAUGAAUAUCAUUAGCACGGAUAUGAACAUGAAUAACGCCGGAGACCUAAGCAAAGCCAUAGCAAGACAGAGUGGUCCACUGGUGCAACAAGAAUGCAACCAAUUGGGAAAGCAGCUUCCUGGAACAGCGAUAAUUACCAGCGGAGGUAAUUUACAAGUAGCUCAUAUUGUUCACAUAAUUCCAGGUUCCUCAGAUAAGCAGCAUCUCCAGCAAUGUUUGGAGGAGGGUCUUCGUGUAGCGGACGCCCAUAACUUUCAAGCGAUCUCAAUUCCGUGUGUUGGCACAGGAGGAUACGGCUUGACCGGAGCGGACUCAGCCCAGCUGACGUUCAAAGCACUAAAUGCAUUCAGUGCCCGCUGUAAAAAUAUUCAAAAAGUAAGAGUGGUUGUGUUCCAGGCCUCCAUGAUGCAGGAGUUUCUAGAAGAGCAGAAGAAACAACCAGUGCAAGACAUUGAAGGAGAAGGUGACUCAGAGAAUGCAGCAGCAAGGCAAACCAGAAGACGCGGGCGUAGGCAGGCACCAGGCCAAAGUAAUGAACAUUCUGUAAGAAUUUCUGUGAUUGGCAAAGACAAGGUGAGCAUAAGAAAAGCCGUCGAAUCCUUGAAGAAAGGUUUCUCUGACGCUUUUACAAUGGAAAAAGUGGAAACUGACGUCGCCAGUCAGCUUUUCGAUAAGCAGAAGGAUAUCUUGAGAAAAGAAGCUAAAGACCGUGACGUCAAACUUGAAAUUGAGGAUGACGUGGAUCGCAUUGUCGUUCGUGGUGGACCAACCGAAGUAGCUGAUGAAGGUUUGUUGCUAGACAUCUCUUUUGAAGAGGAUGUUUCGAUAAGGUUUAAGAAAAGACUGAGAGCUAUUUCAUGUCUCAGAGAACGUUUAAGGUAAUAAAUUUGUGAUACAGAUAGGGGAUAUUCAGAAAAGCUGUCCUAAAAUGUCUCUCCCAAGCUUUCCUGUUGAUCUUGUAUGUGUCUUACCUGAAAAAUAUACUUGGAUCUUGAAAUUUAACCUCAGUAGAUGGGCUUUCACUUCAACAUUCUAAUCUUUUGGUCCUUUCGGUAGGAAUUGCUCUACCAAAGCACUGGGCACCUAUGCCCGGGCAUGACUCUACUGUACAUAAAGUAGAAUUGCGGCCAGGCUCCCCUGAGUAUCAAGAUGUCGUACGUAAGUUUCAAGAAACAGCCGGUGCGUUUAAUAUUCAGAAGAUUGAACGCGUACAGAAUCCUCAUCUGUAUCAGUCUUACAUGGUAAGAAAAAAGAAAAUGGAUAAAGAUACGGGAGGAAAUAGUGAACGACAGCUGUUUCAUGGAACGGAUGCUAAAAAUAUCAACCAUAUCAACACACAUGGAUUCGACAGAAACUUCUGUGGGACUCGUGGUAAGUCACUGAAAUUUUAAAUAGAGGAAACGUUUUAUCAUCUCGUCACCGAGUGGGAUUAAGGAAAAAUUUCAAGUACUUAUGAGAAAUCGAACCUCAGGCUUUCAGAUUUCCUCGCUCCAACGCUCUACCAUCGAGCUACAGACUAUGAUGAGUAGAGUUUUCAAGUGGUUAAUAUGUGGCACGCCUUCUACAUACCGCUAGGAUCAUUAAUUUCGAAAGCUUCGUGUGAGAAAAAGGAGCAUUGAAGCAGUAUUUUCGAGCGAUUGGUCCUAAGUAGUUAACCCUUUACACCCUAACAUCAGUAUGUACAUUCUCCACUCCGUUCUUGAAACAUUUCCUAAGGUGCUGAAACAAAGAAUUUGUUUGCUAAUCGAAAGGUUCCUUCACAGGUGACCAUUUCCUUUAUUCUCAUGACCUUAAUGUGUGAUUUAGGCUUGUUAUUGUAGAGUUUAAAAGGUUAAAGCGUUUUUUUGGCUAAACUUUUAUUUGUCUACCUGUCCCACCAAGUCACUCUUUAGAGUCAAAUAUGGUAAUAAAAGCUGUAAUAAUAUAAGGAGAGUACAACUGCCUCUUUCAUAACAAAUAACUUCACCGCAUGUAUGAUUUUGUCGAUCCUUUUUUUUCAGGCACGGCCUAUGGACGUGGUGUUUAUUUCGCUAGAGACGCUCAAUACUCUGUUGCAUGCGCUGGGGGUGGUGGAGGGCGCCACAUGUACUUUGCCAAGGUCCUCGUGGGGCAGUAUUGUGUUGGAGAUCCUUCAAUGAUUGUGCCUCCACCGAAAAAUCCAUCGAAACCUGAAAUUCUUUACGAUUCCGUGGUUGAUAACCAAUCAAACCCCAGCAUCUUUGUUGUUUUCUUUGAUAAUCAGUGUUACCCUGAAUACCUUAUAACAUUUUGAAGACCACAUGGACCUUUUCCUCAGAUAACGGCAGAGUUGAAAUGCUUUAUAGUUCAACUUAGUUUAUUAGAUAUAUAAACUGCACGAAAUUGUUCUCCUUCACAGUGUAGGGAACAUCAUAUAAAUGUUGGUAAUAGUUUCUCGAUAGCAUUCUUUACCGUCUUUACUCAAAGCUCAUUCUUCAUCCUCUAAAUUGAAUGAUCAUGUCCCAGUGGUUAGAAAGUUAUUGUAAUGAUGCCAAACAAAGUAAAAUCCAGCUUAACGAGUCUUAUCACUAUAGUCCAGGUACCACCAAGAGGCUAGUGGUAACAGCAUCCAUAUCAAUACACAACGAUUUAACAGGUGCUUCUCUGGAGUUCAUGGUGGGUCUGUUGCUGAAGCCGUCUUUUGUUAGAUUGAUAGUUUUCGGCUUAAAAUUCCAUCCACUUACGUCUCGGAUACUUGGAUUAUUCUAACUAUGGUUUAAAUAGUCAAAUAGCUAUGGUUUCAUGGUUUAGAAUGCAUCUUUAUUUUCUCCAGGCGUGGUGUCUACUUUGCCAGAGGCGUUGCAUACCCAAUUUGUUACGCUUCGCGUGAUGUUUCUGCAAGACGCAAAAAAAAAAAUCGUGUCAUUGGCACUCAAAAACCAAGAUCUUUACUUUCAUACUGAGUUUAAAAAGAAAUGUCCUCGUUUCAGUUCGACAACAUUGAACAUAUAGAAGAAAUGUGAGGAACAUUCUGCGUUUCAAGGCAGACUCGAUAAAAUUGACCCCUUACUUAGGUUAGGUUAUAAUUACUGAUACACAGAUGAAACAUUUUCUAAAAUGGCUCUCAUAGGGGCCAUGACUUCAUACUUCCCAGAAUUAAAAUUUAACGUUUUAAACGAGGUUUUAUAUAUAUAUAAAAGUCUUUAGGGUUAUUUUUUAAUGUACUCCUUUUUCCCCCCUCUCGUUUGUUUGGGAUUCUAGUAACUAUUUGACUGGCUGUUAAUUUUCAGUAACGCGCACGUUGUCUCAUUCUUUAAUGAAGACUUUCACUUACUUUUAUGGUGUAGAAGAUUCACCAGGUAGGGAAUCUAUUUGAGAUAUUAAAAAAACUGGUUCGCGCUAAGAGGGUAGUCAAAAGCAUUGUGUGACUGCAACUGGUAUUAAAAUAAAGGAAUAGCG